AUGCACAAUAUUGAAUGAAUUAAAAAAUUUAAGCUUUUUAUAAAUAGACUUUCAUCAAAUUAUGAUAAGCUCUUAUUUUUGUACAUAACCAUGGUUCAGCUCUUAUUAACUUUUGAAUUUUCCUUGGCGGUUUCUGUUUGUUUCCCAUUUUUAUCGAGAGUGGAAAUUUUUAGAUUUUUGGGACAAAAAAACUCAUGAUAA